AUGCCGCCCCGAUCGACCUUGACGAGCUCGUUCUCCGUCAGCGAUACCAAUAAUGAGGUGGUCUGUCCUUUGAAGAACAAUGAUGGCUCGAAUUGUCGCAAAAGAUGCUUGGGGGAGAAACGUUAUCGCUCGAUGCAGGAGCAUAUCCGGCGAGCUCAUCCGAACCAUUACAUCCCGAAGCUCCCAGCGACGGAAGAGAGCUUUAUUCUGAUGGUUACCACCCCUCCGGAACAGCGUGCCAAUCUUACGCCGCCUCAGACCGCCAGAAGGCGCAAUGUUGACCGGGAUUUGUACGCUGGAUCCAACUCCCCUGCAACCCCGCGCGGUAUCGACGAAGCCCAUCCUGCUGCGGCUACUGCUGCGGUUGCACUGGCUCAACUGCAUCAUAAUCAUUUGACUCCAAGUUGGGACACGGACGUGGUGGGUGCAUACAUAUUCAGUACAGAUAAGAUGAUUAAUGAGACGCAGGAGAUUCACUCCGAUAACGACAUCGACAGAGCGCCGAUGCGAUCGUCGAUUGAGCUGCCUUCUCUCCGUGAUCACUUCAAACGGGACUCGUUGCCUCCAUUUUCGUCCCCUCAACCUAGAUCGCUCCUACCCUCGAUUCUCAACCACUCUCCUCCCGGUCGCUCUUCGACCCUUCCGCCGAUCCAGCGGACGAACAAGCUUCCCCGACCUCGCAAAGGAUCGAUAACCGGGGCGCGGAAAGCCAAGCAUGAACGGUCGAGGUCGAAAGAGUUUGGUAGGCGCCCGAGCAUAGGCGAUAGGAAGGCUCUAUCAGCAGAACCGCAAACCGCUGCCUGGGCGCAGGGCAAGCGUUGGGAGGAUCUCAUUGAGGCGGCCACAUCAGCAACCGAGGUUGAUGACGACAGACAGUCAGAGUUGGGGCGUUCACCAACCAUUCCACCAACCAUUCCGAAUAUCGCUUCGAUCACAUCGGCACCAUCAAUCAAAAGCCGAUCAUCCAUGCCGCCUGCCUUCCAAUCCCCUGGGCUACCCCCACCUGCAUCGCAUCGCCCGUUCCCACCCACAUCAUAUGCAGCGUCGCCCUUGCACAAAUCUUUGACCCCGCCGCCUUAUGAAUUCUCCCGCAACCGUGACGCCGACCUAGAACCUUUCCCCUCCAUUGAAUCGUCUUUGGACUCAGCAUCGACAACAUCUGGAAAGCACUUUUACUCCAACCACUUGAACCCCGCCAGAAAUCCAGAUUCGAGUCCAGUGUUAAACUUAUUUCCAUCUUCCGCAGCCCAGCGACAACACCACCGCUUCUCUAAUCCCACCCCGGCGUCUUUCCGUAGCAGGGAGAUACAGAUCUUCUGCGCCAGCUGCAAGCAGGCAUGGCCUCUCAAUGAAUGCUAUGCCUGUACUGAAUGUAUCUGCGGGGUAUGCCGCGAUUGCGUCGGAAGUUUCAUGAGCAGUCCGCCUGCGACGUUCAAGAACGUGACAUCCAGCCCUGGGAGCGCAAUGUCACACGGCCCGACAAGCUAUCCGAGUCCGAACCCACGUGGUUGCCCACGCUGCCACACCGUGGGAGGGAAGUGGAAAGCAUUCCAACUGGACAUCAAAUGA